AUGGCCGAUCUAAACCCAGAAGCAAUUGGCGGGUCGUCGAUUACGUGGGAUAUACUUAAAAAAGAUUUCCAAGCCGUGUUCAACUCCACUGCCAAAAUAGGCCCUAAUCGAAGAUGGCAGCGAAUUGGAGAAGGAAAUGGCUGCAUUUCCGAGAUUUUCUUGGCGACGUUUGAUUGGCAAGGAGAUUCCGUUGGCCUUCCCGAAAAGGCUUGUAUUAAGAUUACAAAUUCCAACCGAUUGGCUGCGAUCGGCAGCAGCCCUGGGGUGAAUCUAGACGAUGCUGUGGAAAAUGCAAGAGCUGCCAACGACAACGAGUUGUACUUUUUUGAAAAUGCGCGCGAUAAGUGGCGUUACCCGGCAGAACUCCGGAUUCCGAAGUUUUAUUGUGGCCGGAAAUUAGGUGUUGAUGGACUUGAUGCAGGUUACUUUGCCAUCGAACACUUCAACGACGUUGUGACAAGACAUUUGUACCAUGAAAUUCAAGAAUCCGCAAUUCUCGAUGUUCUCGAGCAGCUGUCAAUUGUUAAUGGGCAUUCCAUUCGAUACCCGGAGCUGUACGCAGAGAUCACCGGGGAUAACCACAAGACGAUGAUGGCCGAGUUUUUGACAUUCGAGGCUCUGAGCAAGAUCCUAGACGCAGUUGCUGAAGAGUUUCCGGAUAUCAAGGAGGAGUUAGAGGAAUUGAGGGCCGUCACCAAAAUGUUCGAAUCCUGGGAGGGGUAUCAGGAAAAGGUUUUUGCUGCCUGCCACCAUCACCGUAUCUUCAUCCAUGGCGACCUAUGGCUGGGUAAUAUGCUGUGGCGAAAAGAAGAAAAUGGGGACUAUACUAUGGUUUCCCUAAUCGAUUGGCAGGUCAGCCGGAUCGGGAAUCCACAUGAAGACAUCGUGAGGUUGUUAGCCUGUGCGCAAACGACCGAGGAUUAUGACAAAAAAAAAACCGCUCAGCUUCACUAUUACUACGAUAAGCUGCGGGAAUACAGCGGUGAUGCUCCAUUUCCAUGGAAAGAUUUUCAAGAUUUCAUGGACACCUACGAGCACUCCUAUGUCCAUAUGACGUGCAAAUUCACCCCGAUGCUCCUGAAUCUGCGAAAAAUGUUGAUGAGCAAUUUAGCUGAAGGACCAGCGAAGGUCGCCUACGAAGCCUCAGUGACAAGCAAACUCAAACAUAUGGUCACCGAAUCGUCGCGGCUAAUCCGGAAAUGGAAUUUGACGGCU